CCGGAGAGCCAGGGCUGGAAACGGCUGUGCAGUGAUCAGGGGCUUCUCACGGCGCUGUGGGGCCCCGGGGGGGACCCACGUGCUAGCGAUGGGGUCGCAACCCCCCGCUCCCUGAGCUGCGGGGGGGCCCCGGGCGUCCUGAGCGCGCACAACCCUCCUCCCGCGGCGGCAGCCCGGCGUCCGCCCACGCCCCGGCCCGCCAUUGGGGCCUGUGCCGGGAGCCCCUCCCCAAGCGCGGGCGGCAGCCGGGCCCGGGCCGCGCUGGGGGCAGCAUGGCCGGGGAGCCGCGCAGCCCGCCGGUGAAGGUGCUGGCCGCCCAGCUGAAGCGGUGCCGGCGGGCCGCGGGCGGGCCGUGGCUGCUGGGACGGGAGGAGGCCGGGCAGGGCCCGCUGGCGGUGCCGGUGGUGUGGAUGCAGGGCACGGUGCUGGCGGUGGAGGCCGGGGGCGCCCGGGGCGGCUCGGCCCGGCUGCAGGACGAGAGCGGCCCCUUCACGGUGCUGGGGGUGGAGCGGGUCCCCAAAGGGCGGCCGUGCCUCAGCGCAGGAAAGUAUGUAAUGGUGAUGGGCUUGGUACACUCCUGCAGUCCAGAGCCUAUUCUUCAAGCCGUGAAGAUGACAGAUCUUUCUGAUAAUCCUAUUCACAGAAGCAUGUGGAGCUUUGAAGUGGAGGAUUUGCACAGAAACAUUUCUUAGAUGCUGUGUGUUUUUGUCAGCAGCCUAAAGGACCUGGAAACAAAUAUUUGCUUUUACACCAUUUGGACCUCAGCUCAAAACAUUAGACUGUCAGGAAUAGUUAUAGCCUCAUCUGGAGAAUACUUUGAUAGACAAAAUUACUUAGUCCACUAACUAACAGUUUUAAGAGUUAUGGACAGGAGACCAAAUUUACCAUUGGAGAAAAUGUGUACAACUCCAUUGGCUUCAGUGAAUUUGACUGAGAUUCAAUAUUUAGAGAUUUUUAUGCUCAUGAUAACUCAUAGGAAGCUGGUUCAUGCCCUGUUCCAAUAAUGUUUUAUGCCAACAGACUAAACUGCAUUAAUUUUCCAAAAGUUUAUCUGAUGCUUUCCAAAUAAUAGUAGGUAUUUCAAUACUCGCUCCAUUAUUAUAGCUGUCAUCUCUUAGACUGUAGGGUUAGGCAGUCAUAGUACCAUAUUCUGUCCUCCAUUUGGCAUAACACUCUUGCUGCCAGUGUGAAUUCUAUAUCUGGAAUGAGGGCAGAAUGUGGUCCAUACUGUUUAGAUUGUGUUUAUGGUAAGGAAAUGGUACCUUUGCUCCAUGCUUUCUCUAUCAAGAACAUCCAUAUCCAGUUUGCUUUGUUUACAAGACACAUAUCUUUUCUAACUGUAACCAUAGUUUGGUGCCUAAAACUCUGCAGGUGCAGCAUUCAUCUCUACAAUAUUAAGAGUUGCAUGAUAACAAAACCUAUAGUUCCAGUAAACUAAACAGAGACUUGACACAGACUCACAGGGAGUAGAUUUAUCCAGGUCCAAGAAGUAAGUACUCUUGCCACAUCACACAGUAAGAUUACCUCAGCCUAAUUAUGCAUCUUUAUGUUAAGUUUUCUUUCCCUGGAUACACUGUCUCUUUAAAGUUACUGUUAAAUGUAUAUUAUUUUUACCUUUGUUACAUCCUCUUCCUGUAAAGGACAAGUGUAUGAUACUGCCCUUUUGUCCCCAAAAUAUUAUAUUUGCUCAAGUUUCAAUGAUAAUUCAUGCAUCCUAAAUAAAUACUACAUUAUGUAUAUACUGUAGCUCUGUAGGUUGGGGGAAAGAGACAAGUUCAACAGUAUCAAAUAACGUUAAGUAACUUUGAGCAUAUGAAAACAAGCUUUUUGCCUUACUAUAAACCACAAACUGAAGUUAAGAUCAGGUAUUGCACUUUGAACAAUGCUUUGAAAAUGCUAAUUCUCACAGUGCUAUCUUGAAGUAAAUAUUGUCCCCAUUUUUACAGAGGCCCCUUGGAGGGUGUUGAUGAAAGCGCCGGGAUCAGAACUUUGGGAGUGCGUACUUCCAUCCCUGAGUUUAGUAUUUGAGACCAUGUCACUUCAGAGGCCUGGGUAUAACUGAGAGGUUGUGUUAAAUGAGACCUUGUUGAUUAUAUGUGGGAUAAGCCAAGACAGGUGUACAGAAUUUUGACAGUAUGGGUUAAUUUUUUUUAAAAAUGUUGGGAAAAAGUCCACUUGUAAAAUGUAGCCUGCCAGCAAAUUCUUCUUCGUGUCAACAUUGUUAGACAACCAUUUUUAUUUUUUUGGUAGCAGGUCUCUUGACAUCUUAAUGGUUCUUAUUCUAAGAACUUGAAUUUCAUCUCAGAAGGAAGAAAAACAAAGUUCACCUUGACAUGCAAGGGAACUAGAUUGUGUGUAAAAAGUUUUGAUGAAAGGGGCCAAAUUCAAACUUUGUGUAAGGGAGUGCAACUCUGCUGGCUUCAGUAGACUUGUACCACUUACAUCACAGCUAAAUAUGGCUCAAAUACUCAUAGUUGGCCUUUACUCAUAGUUGACAAGUACAUAAUGCAACAGAUGUGAUAUAUAAAUAUAUAUAUAUAGUAUAAUGCAUGUUCAUUAAAUGUAUAACUCAGUAACAGUCUUUACUCAGUGUUGACUUAAAUACUGCUGACCUGAAUUUAAUUAGCAAUAUCUCUAUAUCCUCCCCACCCUCCUGGUUCAUGAAUAAGGGAAGCACCAGGGAUCGCGCUGCCGCUCCAGCUGCUGCCAGGGGGCAAACCCCUGGGGUCCUGCUGCCACUCUGGCUGCCGCCAGGGGGCCAGCUGCUGCUCCAGCUCCCCUGGGACCACUGCCGGGAGACACCGAGCUGUGGCGGUGCCAGCCGCCCACAGGACCACUGCUCAGGUAGUCUCCGGGGCCAGCUGCUUGCGCGGCCUUGGGAUCAGCCACACUCUCCGCUGCAGAAAUCACAGACCCCUACAUAUGAGCAAGCUAUGCCGCUCUAGUUUUUGGAUACUAACUAUUCUUUAAAGUUGAGAUUGGCCCAAACUAAAUCACUAGAUCUGACCAUCCCAAGCUUUGGGAUGUUUCAGAAUCUACAUGUGGAUCUAAACUUUGUAGUUGGAGUUCUCUACUUCUAUAAAAAUAAUUCAAAACUGGAGACAAACUCUUGGAAAAUUGGUUAUCUUUGUUUGGUGUAAAGCUACUACUAUAUUUGACAACUGUUGGCUUGUAGAAGUGGCCUAACUGUAGUGCAGCUUCAGAGUUUCUUUGUAACCAAAAGCAACUUACAAAGUAUACUGCAAAGAUUUUAUGUGGAUUUUAUAUAAUAGCAUUGGAUUGUUACACCAGCCUGAGUCUUUGAAACCAGGUUCUUUUCUAGAACUCAAAACUGAAACAGGUUCCUAAGAAAGUUGAACUUGGAGCUUCUUAGCAAAUGAACAGUUCUCUCUUUUCAGAACUUUUGACCUUGCUUCAUUUUUAUAAAACGGCAACAACCUUGUGUUUUUCUCAGUGAAUUGAUGUUGACUAGGCAUGGGGACAAUAUGUCCCAAGUUUUAUGCUAUUGUCAGUGGUUGUAUACUUUAUUGUGCAACAAUGUGAGUGAUUAAAUAAGUUUCCUUUAAGUCUUUCAAUUUCCUAGUCCACACAAUGACUUUCUUUUUCUCUAGAGCCUAGGUCUGAGAAGCUGAAUGAGAGGUGUACAUGUUCGUGUCCAUGUGAAUUUGAGUCCUUUGGGGUAAAUAAAGGAAAUAAGAAAUGGUUACUAUAUGAGUUGUAGGCACUAGAAAUACUGAGUACUUAGUAUUUUUCAAAGGGCUCGAUACUCUACAUCUCCCUGCAGGGAAGGCCAGUGUUGUUAUGUAUGGUUGCUGAGGUACAAUUAAGUGAACUGAUGUAACUUACUCAAACUUUGUGAUAGAGGUCGGUUAAGAACUCAGGAGUUCCUGGCUCCUGCAUUCUGUUCAAAGUGCACACCUGAUCUGACUAAACCACACACUUACUUGAGAGAAUAGUGAUAUGUUCCUUAUGCAGCCUUUCUGCUGUUUGCAAUUUGACAGUCUCAUUCGCAUACUAAAAUACUGUCUUUAUGUGAAGCAUAAAUAUUUCCACAAUGCCUCUGGCAAAAGCACUUCACAAAUCAAGCUGUCCUAAAAUUUUCAGUAACAACUUACGUCACUAGUUCUACUCUAGUUAGCAUUUUCGUGGCCAAGCAUCAGUUUUUAAAUACCAAAAAUCCUGAAACUACAGGUUUGAAUAGAAGUAGGGUCAAAUCCCAGGGACUCUUAAGGGACAUAUUCUAGGAGGGCUUGUAACUUCUGAGAAUCAUAAAAAGAUUUUAGGUGCUCUGAGUGAUGGUUUUUGCUCUGCCUCAAUCUGUGGCCACUGUAUGUUUUUCUCUUCUUGUCAUGUUCUGUAGAUAAAAUGCCAGCAGUGCAUUGCAAUUUCAGCUGCAGAGCUCCCUAAGCCAGUCAACAAGAAGUGCAACAAUGUGUAUUUUGCACCCUCCUACCCAAAGGCUCUGACAUAAUCCUCUGCCAGUUUGAGAUAUGCAAGACCUGAUCUGACCCAGUUCAGGGUUAAUGGGAGCUGCUUUUCCAUCACGAUGGCAUCCUGCCACCCUUUCUGGGGGAGGCUAUAAAUUGUCCAUUUAAAAAUCAAGAAGAAAACUUACCAUGCAAAACAAUAACAUAAGAAUGCUUAAAAAAUAAGCGGCCUGUUUUGUUAACAGGGAAUGGAUAAGAAAGAUAUUACAGGUUUCAGAGGUUGCUGCUGUUUUAACUCAACCAUAGUUUUGUACAGAUGUCCACUUUACAAGAAGCACUGCUCGAUGGCUACUUAUUGGCAUCUCUGUUGGCAGUCUCUGCAGAAAAUGGGCAUGGAGAAUGUAGUAGUCCCUCCAAGACACAGCUGGUACACAUUUAUGGGGCAGUGUGGGGAAACUUGUACUUAUUCUGUGGGUAAAGCAAGAAUGUUCAGUCUCCACGUCUGCCAGUCACAGACCUUUCACCAACCCUAAAUUCACUAGUAAAUAAUUUAUUUAAAAAGUAGCUUUGUUUUUUAAAUUGGCAUCUUGUAUUCAGCAAGUGCAUUAGUGCACUGUACAGACACUUUUAGAAUAACCUGUUUUCUUUCUUGGUUUGAGUUCUAUAUUAAUAUCACUCACAGUUUACUUUGUUUUUAGGGGUGUUUGGAGAAAAGAUUUUCUGUUUGAACAGCAGAGAUAGGAGGCAAAAAUCUAACGUUUUCUGUUGAACUUGGUGUUAGCACCACCUCCUGGUCAUUCAGUGGCAUGAGUGUACUGGUGGUACAUGCCAGCAUAGAUCAGUAUGCAUGUAUGACUCUAGGUAUAUUACUGAAUGCCUGUUAGCUUUCUCGCAUCUUUUACUGAUAGGUAUAUGGAUGCUCACCCUUUCAUUCCUAUAAGGUGAAUAGAUCUCAGAAAGGCUCAUGACGGGUUUAGUAUUGCCCAUCACACACCAAUUGUAUAUCAUAUUUGACAUUGUUUGAAAUGUAAAAUGUGGAAUAUUUAAACACUGAUUAAAUAGUAAUGUUUC